GGGAUUUAUGGGAUGGUUUGUUGUGGUUCUGUUUAAGAGCGCAGCCUGUUCAACCCUGCCCCAUGGUUGCAAAAAUCAGCUCCCACCACCCCAAACUGCCCCUUUCUCCCUCCUGCCCUCCCGGCUUUGCGGGAAGCCCUGAGCCCUUGCAGAGUUGUGACAGCAGUGCCGGACCUGAGCCCGGGCUGUGCAAAGAGCACCGUCAGAGACAGCAGAAUGGGGUGAAAGCGGAUGGGAAGGUGCUGGUUUCCUCACGCCCCUGCCUCCCUCGCGUCACCUCUGCCCUGGCUCAUGCUGUGAUUUUCUCCUGUGCCUUUCUCGUCCCUGAGCUGGAGGGCGCCCAGUUCAGGGUCUUGGGACCCGACCAGCCGGUCACUGCCGUCGUGGGAGAAGACGUCGUGCUGCCUUGCCUCCUCUCCCCGAGGCUGAACGCCGAGAACAUGGACGUCCUGUGGUUUCGGUCCACAUCCUCCAUCCACGUCCACUAUCACCACAGCGGGCAGGACGACUACUCCUUGCAGAAUCCCCAAUACUGGGGGAGGACAGAGCUGUCAAAGGAGGGCCUCUCUGUUGGGAACGUUUCCUUGAGGAUCCUCAGCACCCGGCUGAGCGAUGAGGGACAGUACCAGUGUCUCGUCCAAGAUGGGGAUUCUUAUGAAGAAGCCUCUGUGGAGCUGCAGGUAGCAGCUUCAGGUUCCAGCCCCCUCCUCUCCGUGGAGGAUGCCCAGGAUGGGGGAGUGCGAGUGAGGUGUCGAGCGACCGGCUGGUACCCAAAGCCUGAGAUGGUGUGGAGAGAUGUCCAGGGCCAGCAGCUCCCGCCCGUCACCCAGUCCGACUCCCAAGACCAGAGCGGCCUCUUUGAAGUGGAGAAGUCCAUCAUCAUCCAAAGAAACGCAGAACAAAACGUGUCCUGUUCCGUCAGGAACACGCGGCUUCCCCAGGAGAAGGAGGCGCCCAUUUAUAUCUCAGACUCCAUUUUCCCAAAGGAAUAUCCCUGGAAGGUGGCUUUCUUCGUGACCCUGGCUGCCUGCUUCGCUUCCCUGGUUGCCUUCCCUCUUUUCAUCUCACGGCUACGAGGUAAGGCAUUAGGCAGGAGCAAGGGGACUUUGGGGCACCCAAGAGGGUCUCUGAGCACCCAAGAGCACACGGAAUGACGUGGACCUGCUCAC